AUGUCUAUAGAACCCAUACGAACAAAAUCAACUUAUCCAAUAAAUCGAGAAACCAUGGUUCAUAGUAGUGCAGACGAACACGACUUAAUAUCCUCAACAAUGAGUGAAGAUAGUCAUACGCCUUUAUCGGAAACAGUCACUACAUUAGCGAGUAAAGUUUAUAAAGAAUUAGAGCGUAUUAUUAAAAAUUUCGGCGAAAAUAGUGUUAAAGAUUUAAUGCCAGUUAUGAUAUCAACAUUAGAAUCACUGGAUGGCGCAUUACAUGAACGUGAAGUAAAUAAAUUUGAAAUUGAAUCAUUAAAAGAGCAAACCGAACAGUUGUAUCAACAAUAUGAACGCGAAAAAAGUUUUCAUAAAGAAUAUCAACAGCGUUAUCUUCAAGUUGAAGACCAUCUGGAAGAAAUCAAACGUGAAAAUGACGAAAAAUUGCGAAGUCUUGAAUCGAUUGUAAAAAUUUUCGAAAUCAAAGCACGCAACGCAUCAGAUCAUGUUGGAAGAUUAGAAGAUAAAGAAAAUGAAAUGAAACAAGAAUAUAAACGUUUACAUGAUCGAUAUUGUGAGUUAUUUAAAGUUCACUGUGAUUAUAUGGAACGAACAAAAAUCUUAUAUGGAACUGAUCGAUUAGAUCAAUUGGCUACUCUGACACAUACAAGUUCUCAAUCUCGUGGAAAUCUACAAUUAUCAUCCACAAGUCAAUCACUGGCUGACAAACAAACCGAUAAAAUGCCUCCAACUAAUCCAGAUACGACCUCACAGGAACAGGAAGUUAAUGUUGAUGUUCGACCUGAAAUCGAUGUUGCCGAUGUUAAACAUACUCAAACAGAAUGCAUGGCAAGUAAUGAUGCAGCUGUAAAUACCGAACAUGAUAAUACUUAUCUUGAAAAAUAUAAACGUGGAAUAUUCACGAAAUUGCGAAAUCUCAAUUUGUUAUCGCAACCGUUCGAUGAACAGCAAUUCUUUGUAACCGAAGAUGAAUUUGAACAUUCAAAUAAUAUUACAGAAAUUACGAUUAGUGACGAUGAUGAUGAUGAUAUAUCCGUAGAUGAGUCUAAAAAUUUGGAAGCAUUUGACAAAGAAACAAGAAAUGAUAAUAUUGAUAUAUCGGAUGUUGACGCAUCGGCGGAUUUGUUCGUUCGACAAAGUUUUUAUGGCAUGACAAAAGAAGUAUCGAAUUUAAUUAAAGAAAAUAAUGAACUUUUGGAAACAAAAAAUGCAUUAAAUGUACUUAAAGAUGAUUUGCUAGUAAAAAUUGAAGAAUUGUCCAAUGAUUUGGAAAUCGCUCGCGAAGAAGCGGAAUCACUGCAAACAGUUCGAAGUCGAUUACAAUCAAGAAUUAAUGAUGUCGAAGAAGAACUGCGAAAAAUACGAGAAGAACUUGAAAAGAAAAAAGAAGCAGAGGAAAAUGUACCGACUGAAGAUAGAAAGCGUUUUACUCGAGUCGAAAUGCAACGUGUUCUUCUUGAACGUAAUCAGUACAAACAACGUUUAUUUGAACUCGAAGAAGCUAUUCAUCGGCAUGAUGCUUUACGUGCAUCUCGACGUGAACAAUUGUAUUCAGCAUCAUCAAUAAGUACAACUCAUGAUAAUAUAUUCGAUCAAAUACACAAUAAAAAUAAGCCGAAAUUCAUGAAACUCAAAGGGACACAAACAACGAUACAUGAUCAACAAACAGUACAAGAAGAUUCUUCGUCUAUCCCAAAAGAAAGCCCGCCUAUGACUUUAUCCACAUCCGAAGAAAUCACUCCUUUGACUUCACCUACAUCGAAAUCUUUGUGGCGUGUGCUCAGUGAAGACUGGCUACCCACAUCGAUAGUGCCCACGAAUAUUUUGGGCGUGCCCGUUGUCGAUAUUCAGAGUGAUUUGAGAGAGGGAACAACACAAAUUUCUGAUUUUUUUUCGGGUUUAUUUGGCACCACUGUUAAAGAGACCUCACCUAAACGUUCCAUUAGUUCAACUACUACAACUAACUUAUCAUCAACAACUGAGAAUUCUAUGCCACAGAACUCACCAAAACAUCAAGCGGCAUCAGCAACUACUACUACAAGCAAUAAUGAAAGUAAUGUUGUUCCACUGGAAAAAUCUUCUUCGACACCACGUACUGAUAAUUCGAGCUUAACAGACGAAGCUAAUCGCUUUCAAGCAUAUGGUUGGACUUUACCAUCAAAAGAUUAUUUAAAAUCAUCUACUAUUAAUGGUAAAAUUCAAGUGAACGUUCCCGUGCCAACUUUUUGCCAACCGAUUUUCAGUUCAAAUGAUAAAACACAAAUUUGGUGUGCUGCUGGUAUUGAUCUUAGUGGAUUGUCAUUAAAUGCCAAUGAAACAUCAGUUGACCAGUUAAAUAAGCAAUUGAUUGAAUCCUAUCAUCAAAUGAUUGAUGAACAGUAUCUAAAAUUAUCAUCAUUUGUUUGGAUAGCUGCGCAAGCCAAUGACACCGCUAUGAUUACAAUUAUUGAUUCAAAUCAACCCGAUAAAAUUAUUGAUACAUUCACGCUGGGAAAUGCAGUUGUUUAUGCAAUGGGCAGCGUUCCAGGUACAUCAAAUACUGAUUAUACACCAUUGGAUGAUUCGAAAUUGAAUGAGACAACAUCCACAAGUGAUGUAAAAAUAAUAUCAUGUACAGCAGCUUCACUUUCUACUGGUAAAGGUCGUUCGAACAGUACUGAAACAUUUGAACCAAUCCAUUCUGAUGCAUCUCAUCAAACUGUCGAUGGAGUUAAGACAAAAUAUCCAACUGUAUGGUUAGGUUCAAGUGAUGGAUGGUUAUAUAUUCAUUCGGCUCUUGGUGAUCAUCGUACCAUGAUUGGAAAAGUUUGGCUCCGUCAUGCAAUUUAUAGUAUUGUUCAUGUUCGUGGUCGUGUAUUUGUUUCAUUGGCAAACGAAAAAUUAAUUGUAUUUCAUCGUCAUACAGAUGGUACAUGGAAUUUAAAUAAUCUUCAUGUGAUUACAACCGGUAAAAGUCGAGAAUCGAUUCGAUGCGCUGUUAAUGUGAAAGAAUCCAUAUGGUGUGGUGUAGCCAAUCGUGUUUAUAUUAUUGAUAGUCAAACAUUAGAAAUUCGAAAACAAGUUGAAGUUCAUCCUCGUCCUGAACAUUCCGUUCAGCAUAUGACUUGCUCUGGUGAUGGUGUUUGGUUAUCUAUUCGUUUAUCUAGUAGUUUAAAAUUGUAUCAUGCACAAACCUAUCAACAUUUACAAGAUGUUGAUAUUCAACCAUAUAUUGAAAAAAUGAUCGUAACAGAAAAAACUGGACUUUAUUUUGUUCAUAUUACUGCAUUAGCAAUUGCUUGUCGACGAUUAUGGGUCGGUACUGGUACCGGUAUUAUUAUUUCAGUUCCACUGAUUGACAGUAUUACAACAACUUCUAGUUCAACAUCAAUAAAGCCUGGUUCGGUUGUUCGUGUGCACGAUCCGAUAUCACCUUCAAACUAUAUUCCAUAUUGUAGCAUGAAUAAUGCUCAAUUAUCAUUUCAUGGAUAUAAAGAUGCUGUGAAAUUUUUCGUAGCUGUACCUGUUCAUCAAGAAGAAACGAUUUCUGAAUCGUCGACAGAUAUAUCAUCGUUCGGUGAUAUUUUUGUUGUCAGCGGUGGAGAUGGUUACAUCGAUUUUCGUGUUGGAAAUACAUCGGCAACAGACAGCAAUAGACAUGUAUCAUAUCUUGCUAUUUGGCAUUCGGGUUCCGCUUAA